AUGGAGUUAACAACCUUUGCAGCUGUGUGGGCUUGCGUCGACCUAUGGGUAUUCUACCCAUUUGGUUGGGCAGUUUUAUACAAGGCUGACAUUUGGUCAUUUGGAAUAACUGCUCUGGAGUUGGCUCAUGGUCAUGCGCCAUUUUCAAAAUACCCACCAAUGAAGGUUCUCUUGAUGACCAUGCAGAAUGCCCCUCCUGGACUUGAUGAUGACCGAGAUAGAAGGUUCUCUAAGUCUUUCAAAGAAAUGGUUGCAAAGUGCUUGGUCAAAGAUCAAACAAAGAGGCCUACUGCAGAAAAAUUAUUAAAACACUCUUUUUUCAAGCAUGCUACUCCUCCGGGGCUCUCUGUAAACAAACUCUUUACUGACUUGCCACCACUAUGGAAUCGUGUAAGAGAUCUUCAGCAUAAAGAUGCUGCACAACUAGCUCUGAAAAAAAUGCCUUCAACAGAAAAAGAAGCAAUAUCACAGAGUGAGUAUCAGCGAGGUGUUAGUGCGUGGAAUUUCGAUAUUGAGGAUCUAAAAGCCCAAGCAUCCCAGGUUCAAGAUGACGAUGAAAUACAAGAAAUUGGGGAAGAAGAUGAGAGCACGGAAUCAUUUGUCAAUCCUACGGAUGCAUCAAAUUCCAGAUGUACAUUAAGGAGAUCAAAAUAUACAAAUGGCAUUGUUUUCAGAUUUAGUGAAAAAGUAAGGGGUGAUGAAGUAACCCCAGUCGAGUGCCUGAGCAAGAAGGAAAAAGUUCUGGAAACUAAUGAUUUGGUGGACUUCGACAAUCAAUGGAAAAAUGAUCUGCAUAAAAAUGGAUCCAAAAAUGAGCCAUCUACGUCAGAGAAGGAAGCAGUACAGGCCAAUUUGGAACUCCAACAGAGAAAAGCCACCGACCUCUGA